AUGUCAGCAUCAUCUCCCGUUCAAGUUCGUGUGUUAACAUUAAAUGAAAAUGAUCACUUAUCUAAUGUUUUAUACCGAUUAAAACGUGGCUGGAUAGUUCAAAUUGUCUUGUCAUCUCAUAUCGUUUCACAAAAAGUCAAAGUAUUUACAAAUUCUCCAAAAGGGUACUCCAAUCCAUUUCAACGUAAUUCAUUUCGUGAAUUGAAAUGGGUUUAUCCUUCAACGAUAAAAUAUGACGAUUCAAAUCGAUAUUGUUCAAUUGAAUGUGUGAAACCGGGAACAUUUCAGUAUUAUUUCACAACGAAUGGAACAAGUGAUGAAGCAUCGUCAGCUGGAAGCGGGUAUUUUCAAGUAGAACCGGUACUAGUUUAUAAAGAUAGUGACAAUGUGUUAGCCCAAGAUUCUAUCCUAUGUCAGUCGGUUUUAUCAAAAUCUUUGGGUCUAUUCGAAGAAUGGGAAUCUCGUUUAGAAGUAACAAAACAGACGGGCUACAAUAUGAUACAUUUUACUCCAAUACAAAAGUUGUACACUGUCUCAAAUUCAUCCUAUGCAAUUACUGAUCAUCAUAAACUCAAUCCAAUUUUUGGAGAUAAAAGUUAUGAUGAUCUUGCGAAAUUAGUCGACAAAUUGGCUCGUGAGUGGCAUAUAUUUUCUAUAACUGAUCUUGUGUAUAAUCAUGCAGCCAAUGAUUGUGAAUUACUCAAGCUACAUCCAGAAGCAGCCUAUAAUCUUCAGAAUUCACCGCAUCUGAAACCAGCAUGUGUAUUAGAUUCAAUUCUGAUGCAAUUUACAAGAGAUUGUCAAGCAGGUCUUCUAGAAGGGAGAGGAAUACCAGCAAAUGUUAAAGAUUAUCAUUUGCAGAUUAUUCGACAUUAUUUAUUGGAAUGCGACUUACCUCGUUAUAGACUGUGGGAAUAUUAUCAGUGCCAUGUGGAUGAGUUAUGUGAAGAAUUUCGACAACAAUUGAUGAAAGAACAUGAACAAAUAUCCGAUGUACAACAAUGUGAAGUAGAAGAAAAUAAAUUACAGUUGAAACUUGGAACAUAUAAAAGAUUACAGGCAAAAGUCGAUUUACAAAUGGCCAGACAAAUCUAUUUCUACAAACAUCACUCUGAAUCAUCGUUAAAUGACGUAGUCGACCAGGCAUGUUCAUCGCUUCGUCAUCGAUUAGUCUAUUUAAACCAAUUACAAUUUGAUAAAGUUCAAAAAGAUUUAGUUCGAGCAGUUGAUAAUGCAUUAGCUGGAUGUCGUUACCAUUUUUUUUCUCCCGAUGGACCGAAAUAUGAGCAAAUUAGUGUAAAAACGCCGUUUGUUGGAAAUUAUUUUGCUUAUCCAAACGGAGAGUUCAGGCAUCCAAAUGAAAUUGAAAGAUUAAUCGAUACUGAUGAAACCUUUCAGCAAUAUACUAUGGCACACAACGGAUGGAUUGUAAAUGAUAAUCCACUCAGAAAUUUUGCGGAAGAAGGUGAAGAUGUUUAUUUUCGUCGUGAACUAGUGCAGUGGUCUGAUAUUGUUAAACUUAGAUUUGGAACAUGUUAUGAAGAUUCUCCAGCACUAUGGGAUUAUAUGAAAGAAUACACCAGAUUAGUAGCAACAACAUUUCACGGAUGUAGAUUGGAUAACUGCCAUUCAACCCCACUUGUGGUCGCACAAACGCUCAUGGAUUAUGCCCGUGAGAUAAAUCCCAAUUUCUAUAUAUUAGCCGAAUUAUUUACAGGAAAUGAAGACACAGACAAAGUCUUUGUUAACAAAUUAGGAAUCAAUUCACUUGUAAGAGAAUCAAUGAAUGCGUGGGAUACAUACGAGUUAGGUCGUCUCGUUGGUCGUUAUGGUGGAGAUCCUAUUGGCUCUUUUUUUCAACCACCUGUUCGUCCAAUUUUAUCACAAUUGACACAUUCGUUCUUUUAUGAUCAAACACACGAUAAUCCAUGUCCGAUAGAACGACGUAGUCUCGAAGAUGUUUUACCUCGUUCAGCCUGUGUAGCAAUGGCAUGUUGUUCAAAUGGAUCAAAUAAAGGAUACGAUGAACUUGUACCACAUUACAUCGAUGUUGUUCAUGAAAAACGAGUUUAUUCUCAGUGGGUUGAGGAAGAAACAAACAUGUUAAUGGGUCUUAUUCCAGCAAAAUUAGUUCUCAAUCGAUUACACUGUGAAUUAGUACACAAUGAAUAUCAACAGAUUACUAUUGAUCAAUUAUCAUCAACGACGUUGUGUUUAACUCGUCAUAAUCCUGGGACUCAUCAAUCGAUCAUCUUAGUUGCACAUACAGCAUUUUCGCCACCACAACAAUAUUGGGAAUAUAUCAGACCACUGAAUAUUAGUGGUCAUAUUGAUGAAAUAUUAUUUGAAAUGACCAUUUCCUCUCCCGAUGGAAUCAACAAUUUUAAACGUAAUCCAAAUUACAUUAAUGGAUUAAACAAUGUUCAAGUCAAUGUACGUGAACAUCUUCAAAUCGAACAGAGUCAAUGUGUCAACUUACACUCAUCGAACGCGAAAACAGAUUCAAACGAUAGACACAUCACUUUUGACAAAUAUUUUCCACCAGGAACAGUCAUCGCGUUCAAAGUUUCACUAUUGGAUAAUGCUCAAAAGAGUGUUCAUGAAGUACGUAAAUCUUUAAGAGAAUUUAUUCCAUCAAAUGAUAGUACCGAUAGUAUUUUUCAAUCGCUGGUGAAAUCUUUGUCAUUGGUCGAGUUAAACCGGCUAUUAUAUCGUUGUUCACAAGAGGAACUAGCUGAUGGUAAAGGUUUUGAUGUUUAUGAAAUAUCUGGUCAUGGGAAAACGGUUUAUUGUGGAUUGCAAGGAAUUAUGUCUGUAUUAGAAAAGAUAAGAUUAACCAAUGAUCUAAGACAUCCACUAUGCAACAAUUUAAAAGAUGGCAAUUGGUUAUUGGAUUAUAUCACGAAUAGAUUACUAGCGCAAAAAUCCACACAAGAAAUUGGUGAAUGGUAUCGCUCAUGUUUUAGUCAUCUGACUCAAUUACCACGUUAUUUAAUUCCCGCUUAUUUUGAUGCUAUCGUAACUGGUUCGUACACGGUACUGGUCGAACAUGGCUGGAAUUUAAUGACAAAAUUCAUUCGUGAGGGAUCAUUAUUUGUCAAAGCUCUUGCACAAUCUUCAGUUCAACUAUGCGGAAUUGUUCAAUCAGCGAGACUACCUUUGUUAUCACCAUUACUUUCUGAGCCUAGGCCGCAGGACGACAUCGAUGAACAUACUUAUCUUAAAUAUCCCAAAUGUCCAACGCUAUCAGCCGGAUUGCCUCAUUUUGCUGCUGGACUAUGGAGAAAUUGGGGAAGAGAGACAUUUAUAUCGCUAAGAGGUCUUAUGUUAUUAACGGACAGAUUCGAAGAAGCAAGAUAUAUACUGAUUGCCUAUGCACAAUGUCUUCGACAUGGACUAAUUCCUAAUUUAUUAGGUGAUGGUGCUCGGCAAGUCCGAUAUAAUAGUCGAGAUGCUGUUUGGUGGUGGUUAUAUUCGAUUGGAGAGUAUAUUAUGCAAGCGCCGGAUGGUCACGAAAUCUUGGAUGAUCGAGUAUCGCGAAUUUAUCCGACACAUGACAGCCCUCCGCAGCCAGCAGGAGCACACGAUCAUGCUCUCUAUGAUGUUAUACAAGAAUGUUUACUUCGACAUCUUCAAUCGGUUACAUUUCGCGAGAGAGGUGCAGGUUACGGUCUCGAUCAACAUAUGAGUGAUGAAGGCUUCAAUAAUCGAAUUGGAGUCGAUUUUGAAACGGGAUUUGUUUAUGGAGGCAAUCGAUACAAUUGUGGAACAUGGAUGGACAAAAUGGGUUCAAGUGAGAAAGCCGGUAACAAAGGAAUACCCGGAUCACCGAGAGACGGCUCAGCUGUGGAAUUAAUCGGUUUAUGUCGAGCAACGCUUAAAUGGCUGAUAAAAAUGUCAGAUGAAAAACAUUAUCCGUAUGAUUAUGUUGAAACAUCAUCACCGUCUGGUUCAAAGAUCAAAUUAAAAUUUGAAGAUUGGUUAGCUAAAAUUGAUUCUAAUUUUGAAAAAUAUUAUUGGAUAGAUGAGCUUGACUCUUCUUCUCCAUUAAUAAAUCGACGUCAAAUUUAUAAAGACACAAUAAAUUCAAGUUUACAAUGGUCAGAUUAUCAGUUUAGACCGAAUUUUUUAGUUGCUUCGGUAGUUGCUCCUGAAAUGUUUGAUAAAUAUCACAUAUGGAAAGCAUUAGAACAAGUUGAAAAAAUUUUAUUAGGAAAAUAUGGUAUUAAGACGUUGGAUCCAAAUGAUUAUAAUUAUGUAGGUGAUUAUGUCAAUGAUGAUGAUUCAACAGAUCCUUGUCGUGCUCAUGGUUUCAAUUAUCAUAACGGUCCAGAAUGGUUAUGGCUCAUGGGUUAUUAUUUACGCUCUAAAUUGUACUGGGCAUCUCAACUUGAGAAAGAGGAUGAAACAAUGAAAGGAGUUUUAAAUCGCACAAUUAUACAUUGUAGACAUAUUCUAACAAAUCAUCAACAACUUAUUAUGAACAAUGAUUGGAAGGGUUUGCCUGAACUGACAAAUGCUGGUGGUGUACAUUGUCCACAUUCUUGCACUGCUCAGGCUUCGACAUCGGCCACAUUAUUAGAAACAAUGUAUGAUCUAGCUAGAAUCUAUUAG